AUGUCCACAUUUGGCUGCCAGUCAUCGAGACGUCGCAAAACUGAUGCAAGACUGAGAAGGGGAAAGAACCAUCCGGAGAAUAUGCGCAAAAGACCACCGACAGAGGGAGUCUUCGUAGAUGGCUGGAUAGCGAACGCUCUCGGCCAUUGCGUUGGUGCUUCGUCCCCUGCAGAGCUUGUGAUCGCGGAACGCAUCUGCUUGACGAAGCGGCACAGUCCUAUCAGGGGCCAUUCGAACUUCGUCCUGCUCGCCACCGCCGAGCGCGUAGCAGAACGCACAUUCUUCGGGUGUCGCAAUGACCCGGUACCCAGAUGUGGCGAGCCGGCAGAUCCCGUCGUAGGAAGAGGGUAA